UAUGUUUGGUUUAAAAUGCCAUAAGUCUGAUGUCUGCUUCCCCUCUCCCAUUCUCAAGCAACAUUUCCAUUAGUUCUCCUCCAUUUUCCUUCUCAUUCAAACCUUAUUCUUCGUUGCUGCUUCCUUUGCAGCGAGUGAAGCUCUUUAGAUCUACGGCCGAAGCAACUCUCUUCUUCACGGCUAAGGGAAUGGCUGAGCUCGUUAGAGACAAGGAAUCCGGCGUCGCCGCCGCUGGUACCACCGAAGGCGGCAAGCUGGACGUCGAGCAUUCUCGUACGUUCCUUGAUGCUUGCUCUGAGAAGAAGUCCUAUCUGGAAUUAAGAAGGAAGUAGAAGCAGGAAGGCUACCACCAAAUGUUGCAGCAGGAAUGGAAGAAUUCUUUCGGAAUUAUAAAAUUGCCGUUUUCCAAAGUGGAGAUCCAGCUGCUGCUGAAAUUGUGUUGUCGAACAUGGCUGUUGCACUUGACCGUGUGCUUUUGGAUGUAGAGGAUCCUUUUGUAUUUCAACCCUACCACAAAGCUUUGCGGGAGCCAUUUGACUACUACAAGUUUGGUCAAAAUUACAUUCGACAUUUGAUUGAUUUCAGAAAUUCAUACGUUGGUAAUCUCUCUCUUUUCUAUGAAAUAGAGGAGAAGCUAAAGCAGGGUCACAAUGUUAUACUUAUUUCGAACCAUCAAACUGAAGCUGACCCAGCCGUCAUUGCAUUGUUGCUUGAGAAAACAAAUCCGCACAUUGCCGAGAACCUGAUCUAUGUUGCAGGGGAUAGAGUCAUAACAGAUCCUCUUUGCAAGCCUUUCAGCAUGGGAAGAAAUCUCAUCUGCGUGUACUCCAAAAAGCACAUGUACGAUGUUCCCGAGCUUGCUGAUACGAAAAGAAAAGCAAACGUACGAAGCUUAAAAGAGAUGGCUAUGCUGCUAAGGACUGGCUCGAAAUUAGUAUGGAUUGCACCAAGUGGUGGCAGGGACCGCCCGGAUCCUGUUACGGGAGAAUGGUAUCCAGCGCCCUUUGAUUCUUCUUCAGUGGACAAUAUGAGAAGGCUGAUAGAAAGCUCAGGUACUCCAGGGCACAUGUAUCCCUUGGCGCUGUUGUGCCAUGACAUCAUGCCCCCUCCAUCUCAGGUAGAAAAAGAAAUCGGAGAACGAAGAAUCAUAGGCUUUCAUGGGACUGGAUUAUCAGUAGCCCCUGAAAUCGCUGCUGCUGGUGAAAAGUCCGAAGUGGUUAAGGAUGCAUAUACGCUAGCUUUGUACAAGUCUGUGACGGAGCAAUACAAUGUCCUCAAAUCAGCCAUACAUGGAAAACAAGGGCUGGAGCAUCGACUGAAGGCGUCGCUUUAUCGCAGCCAUGGAGCUAGUUUAAAAUCCCUCAUCCGUUCAAUUGCACCCGAAGUCGCAGGCAACUCUUACAUUACGUGUAUUAUGUUGACCUUCGUUCAAAUUUUAUGUUUCAUAACAAGUUUGGUGUUAGGAGGUCCAAUAAUUAUUCAUUUUCUUCUAAUUAAGAUGUCAGUCGUAAUCGAUUUAAGCAUGUAACGUAUUGACAUUUGACAGAAAUAUUAUUUUAAUUCUGGUGGA